AUGUCUGAUCAGCAAAAAAAGAAUAAUGAUCGAAUUGCAAACAAAAGGGCACUUGAUAUAACUGAAGAAAAUCAUAGGGAUGCUGGCAAUAGCAAACGCUUUUGCAGCGAGAGCCUCUUUUGGCCAGACAGUGACGAGGAGAGUUUCUUCUCUAAUGCAAAGCUUGAGGAUCUUCUUAGCGGCCGAAAUGAGGAGCUCUUCGGAACACAGGCGCAGACGAGCAACAAACCAACGGAGUUGCAACGGAGUGAAUCGGACGAUGGCCUUUUUGCUGAUGUAUCAUUUCCCAGCACCCAGAGACCCCAGCAAGAGCAAGGACACGAAUGCAAUGCUGCAUCUAAAGAAAACCAGAUUGAUCUUGCGAUAGAGGAGGAUGCCGGAAGCGUGUUCAAGCAGAUCAAUCUGCUUGAUCUAAGCAUUGCUGAAAUGGAGGAUAUAUUCCACGGAGCCGAAGACUUCAGUGAACCAAUUGCUCAGAAUACACAACUUUUCCUCGAUGCAGUCGCAUUCAAAGUGCCCAACCCCAAGACACCAGUGAAACCAGAGAAAUCGUUGCCUCCGGCCAGCGACGAGUCCAUGUCCACCAUUGAGGGUAUAGUGCAUGGCACGCAAUACGCGACCUGUGAGGAGCUUAAGAACCAAUCAAUACUCGACCCAAGCAAUUGGGAGACUCAAGCCUUUGCCGACUUUGAAGCGAAGAGCCUUUCCGAACACGACUUUCCCAGCAAGGGUGACUUCUAUGGACUGCCGGAUAAGGUCAAGAAAAUGAUACUGGAACACAAGGGCAUCAAGAGCCUGUAUGAAUGGCAGGACGAAUGCCUAAAUUUACCGGCAAUACGGCAGCGAAAGAAUCUAAUAUACGCCCUUCCCACCAGCGGGGGAAAAACCCUAGUCGCGGAGAUUCUUAUGCUGCGCGAACUGCUGUGUCAGGAGCGCAAUGUGUUGUUCAUAUUGCCAUAUGUUUCGAUUGUCCAGGAGAAGGUCAGCGCCAUGUCGCCGUUUGCCAUUGACUUGGAUUUUAUUGUCGAUGAAUAUACGGCUGGCAAGGGAAAAUGCCCGCCAGAGCCUCGUCGCAAGAGGCGGAGCUUGUUUAUUGCCUCCAUCGAAAAAGGAGCCGUGCUGAUGGACAGCUUGAUAGAUGUCCAACGUCCCCAUGAAAUAGGCCUGGUGGUGGUCGAUGAGCUUCAUUUGAUUGGCGAACGCGGACGCGGUGCCACCCUUGAGGCGUUUCUCACCAAAGUAAUGUUUUUGAAUGCAAAUAUUCAAAUUGUGGGCAUGAGUGCAACGAUAGGAAACCUAAGCGAGAUUUCGGCCUUUCUCAAUGCCGAUGUCUAUACGCGCGGCUUUCGCCCCGUGGAACUGAAAGAGUACAUCAAAUGUGGCUCCGAUUUGUUGGAGAUCAACUCGGCUGGCCAUACCCUCGAAGAAAUAUUUGUCCCUAAUCGCACGCUCGACUUUAAUUACAGCGAAGCUGUGAAGCGUGCGGAUCCUGAUCAUUUGGCUGGCCUGAUCAGCGAAUGUGCCCCAGAGCAUUGCUGUCUGGUGUUCUGCCCCAGCCGCAAGAACUGCGAGAAUGUGGCCCUGCUGCUGAGUCGCAUUGUGCCCAAGCAGAAGUUCUUCGAGCAUCGCCGCAGCGAGAAGGCUGAUCUCAUGGAUGCCUUGGACAAGAUUUGCGGCGUUCUUAGCCCUGUUCUGGCCAAAACUCUGCCCUACGGCAUUGCCUAUCAUCACUCAGGCUUAACCACCGACGAGCGCAGGUAUAUAGAGACUGCCUAUCGCUUUGGCGUCGUCACCGUCAUCUGCUGUACCUCCACCCUGGCUGCGGGCGUGAAUCUGCCAGCCAAGCGUGUCAUCAUCCGCGCUCCCUACGUGGGCCAGGAAUUCAUGACUCUGUGCAAGUACAAGCAAAUGGUAGGACGAGCCGGACGUGCUGGCUUGGGCGAGGCGGGCGAGAGUAUUCUGAUUGCCCAGAGCAAGGACAAUCUGCAGGUUGGCCAAAUGCUCUUUUCACCAAUGGACAAGGCGCUCAGUUCGUUGUAUCAGCAGGAGGCCGUGGGACUGCAGUCGCUUAUUUUGAGCGUGAUUGGCCUUAAUCUUGCCGAAUGCCGUCGCGAUUUGAAUCGCCUGGUGAACAGCACUCUCCUUGCGGUGCAGGCCAAUGCCCUGGAGGUGGCCGUGGACGAGCUGGUUCUCCGCAUACUCCGCGAAAUGUUCAAGAACAAAGUGCUGCAGCUGACAGAGUCGCCGGCAGCCAAGCUAAAGAUGAACUGUACGGAUAUUAUUACCACACAGGAUGUGAACCAAAGCACUCGUCCCGCUGGCGAUCGCCGCCUAUUCAUUGGCCAGUCCACGCGCUUUAAGUUGACCAAUAUUGGACGGGCUGCCUUCAAGGCGGGCAUUGACUACAAGCGGGCCAGCGCCAUUCACCGCGAACUGAAGCAGGCCCAGAAGCAGCUGAUUCUCAACAGCUACUCGCAUCUCCUGUAUCUGGUGGUGUGCUUCAACUCGAAUGAGCGAGGUGAUGAGCUGUUCCCCGCCGAUGCCAGCAUUCUGUUCAACGUCUACUCCGCGCUGCGCACCGAAUCGCAGGCGCUGUUCAAGCAGCUCGGCUUCACCGAGGCCCAUGCGGCCAGGCUCUUCAAGACGCAGUCGGUGCAGGGUCCCAUGGCCCAGCAACUGAAUCGCCUCUACAAAGUGCUUAUCCUGUCGGAUAUUCUGGAUCUCUUGCCGCUGCCGACAGUCUCUUGCAAAUACAACGUGGAGCGUGGCACUCUGCAGCACCUCAUUAGCCAGUCGAUUGCUGCCUCCAGUGCCCUUGUCCGGCUGUGCGACGAAAUGGAAGAGUUCUGGUGUUACAAGCCAUUGUUCGAACGCGUCCUUCACAAAAUGGAUCGCUGCGGCACGGUAGAACUAGAGCCACUCAUGGAGCUGCCUGGUGUUAAAAUUAAUCGCGCCAAGCAGCUAUAUGCAGCGGGCCUUAGAACCAUCGAGGAUAUAGCCAAGAUACGACCCAUGACUUUAGUGCAAACUGUAGAGCAUAUGCCUUUGAGAGUGGCUACGGAAAUCGUCUCCGCAGCAAAGAUCAUUUUGAUGAAAAAACUUGAUCAUUUGGAGGAGGAAACGGAGAAUCUAAAGGUCUGCCUGCGCUCAAAUGAUUAGGAAUAGGUUUAAGUGAGUGUUUUCCAUUUGUGUUUUUAUUAUUUAGUUGUUAAGCACUCGGACUUAAGUUCUCUCUGGACAAAGCUUACAAAUAUUACAGAAUUUAAAUUAGGAAUUUAA